AAAACAGAAAGACUUUGGCUAAGAUGGAUAAGGUCAAUGUUAAUGGAGAGAAUGUGAAUGAGCUUCUUCAAGCUCAAGCUCACGUUUGGAAUCACAUUUUCAACUUCAUAAAUUCCAUGUCCUUAAAAUGUGCUGUUGAUUUAGGUAUCCCAGACAUCAUUCAUAGCCAUGGCCAGCCCAUGACUGUGACCGAGUUGGUCGCUGCACUACCGACGCUCCAUCCUACCAAGGCAUGCAACAUGUACCGGCUCAUGCGUAUUUUAGUUCAUUCGGGCUUCUUUGCACAACAAAAGCUAAAAGAUGACUCCCGAGAAGAUGGUUAUGUUCUUACCACUGCUUCUCGUUUCCUACUAAAGGAAGAUCCCUUAAGCCAAGCACCUCUUGUGGAAGCUCUGCUGGAUCCUAUGUUAACAAAGCCUUGGGAUUUUCUUGCCAUCUGGUUUGAAAAUAAUGAUCGUACCCCAUUAAAUACUGCAUGUGGGAAAGCAUUAUGGGACUACGAUUCUAGUGGCACAAAGCUCAUCGAUCUUCUUAAUAAAGGCAUGGCCAGCGAUUCUCAGUUGGUUAUUAGUGUUUUGAUCGAAAGCUACAAGGGGACGUUUGAGGGAUUGACUUCAUUGGUGGAUGUCGGAGGUAACACAGGAACAGUGGGCAAGGCAAUUGCUGAUGCAUUUCCACACUUGGAGUGCAUUGUGUUUGAUCGUCCUCAAGUUGUUGCUGGCCUUAAAGAUAGUGGAAACUUUAAAUAUGUUGGAGGCAACAUGUUUGAAGAAGUUCCAGCUGCAGAUGCUGUUUUACUAAAGUUCGUAUUGCACGGUUUGAAUGACGAUGAAUGCUUGAAGGUUUUAAAGCAAUGUAAAAAGGCUAUUUCCAAUGGAAAGGAGGGAGGGAAGGUGAUUAUAAUAGACAUGGUGUUGAUGAAGAAUGAGAAAGUGAACGAAGAAGCCUUGAACUUGAUCGAAACACAGCUUUUCUUCGAUAUGGCGUCGAUGACGUUGGUGGGCGGAAAAGAGAGAGAGGAGGAAGAAUUUGCUAAGCUGUUUUUCUCUGCGGGUUUUAGUGAUUAUAAAAUUACUACUAUUCUGUUUACGAGAUCUGUCAUUGAGGUAUUCCCCUAA